UGUGCCUCUGCUCCCACGCAAGAAACCGAUAAGCAGAAAUAGUACGACAAACAUGAAAUUUACUCGGCUUUAAUUAAUAAACUAGCCUCCAUUAUAUAUGUAGUACUCUUGCAAUGCACAAGCUCCUCUUAACCCACCAGUCCGGCCGCCACCAAAACUAAAAUACAUGACGGAAAGCCAAUUCAAAGGAGAGAUCAUGUGGCCAAGAUUGGUGGCCAAUAAGCUGCUUCGAAGGCCAUUGUUCAGCAACUCCUUUGUUGGCGACUUCCCUAGCCCAAGUGAUCCGCUAAGUUUGAGUCCGGACGAAUUGAUCAGCUCCAAAAUUGGAUUUGCUGAAGAAAAGCAAACUCACAAGUUCAGAUUAUUUGCGAGCACAUGGAACGUUGGUGGCAUCCCUCCAAGCGAUGAUCUUAACUUGGAGGAUUGGCUGGACACAAAGAACAAUUCCUACGACAUCUACGUUAUUGGAUUUCAGGAGGUGGUUCCUCUAAGCGCCAGGAACAUAUUAGGGUCAGAGAAAAGCAGGAUUUCGAUGAAGUGGAGCUCAUUAAUCAGAAAAACACUGAACAGGAUAUCCGUGUCAAAGUCAAAGGAAGGCAAAGGUGCUAAUACGUUUGGCUGUAUUAUAAGCAAACAGAUGGUGGGGAUAUUGGUUUCUGUAUGGCUCAGAAAAUGGCUUCUGCCAUUCAUUCAUCAUCCAAGCGUCUCCUGCGUAGGCUGCGGAAUCAUGGGCUGCCUCGGGAAUAAGGGGUCAGUUUCGGUUAGGUUCUUACUGCAUGAAACAAGCUUCUGCGUGGUGUGCUGCCAUUUGGCUUCGGGAGAAAGACAGGGGGAUGGGAUGCAUAGGAGUUCGAACGCCAUGGAGAUAUUCUCCAGAACUAUAUUCCCCUCAGGGCCGGCUCUUCAUUUGCCAAGAAAGAUAAAUGACCAUCAGCGAGUAAUUUUGCUUGGUGACUUGAACUAUAGAAUCUCCAUGCCCGAGGACGAGACGCGGCACUUGGUAUUGCAGAAGGAAUGGAACGUUUUGUUGGAGAAUGAUCAGUUGAAAGUUGAGAUAGAGGAUGGAGCAUUCAAAGGCUGGCGUGAAGGAGCCAUCAACUUCUCCCCCACAUACAAAUAUCACUCCAAUUCUGAUGAAUAUUAUGGGAGUCUCCAAGGCAUAAAAUGCAAGAAAAAACGAGCACCCGCAUGGUGCGACCGCAUACUUUGGCAUGGUAGGGGAUUAAAUGAGACUAGAUAUGAUAGAUGUGAAUCCAAGCACUCCGACCACAGACCCGUGCGUGCAACCUUCAGUGUGGAGGUGGAUGUCUUAAUUAAUUCUAAUCCCACUCAUGAGAGCUUCUUCUUGUCCGGUAGAAGCCAUCGAAUUCCAUACGAGUUGAAGGAUUUGUUAUUAGAUGGUGAUGAUGGUGAUUAUGAUCGUGAUAUUAAUUAAUCAUGAGCAUUUUGUUAAUCA